CAGUGGCACAAGGCUAAAAACUUAGAGGUGCGAGUGAUAGAGACGAGAAAGAGGAUCCUUACAGACGAACACCUAGAUACCUUAACAGCUAUGUAUAACCUUGCAUUCACGCUUAAAUCGCAAAGCCGCAAUGAGGAAGCCUUGAAACUUAUGCGAACAUCCGUUUAA